CACAAUUACACUGGUUUUUAGGUUUUUGCUAAUGUUUCUCGCCAAGUCUUAACGUUGUACCGAACUGUCAGAUUAAAAAACACACAGUAGCUAGUUGACCCUUGCUGCAUCAGUCACAAGAUCUUGGAAGGAUUUGAGAUUCAAAGGCAUCGCUGCAGAACCUGAACCAGCUGAUACCAGCUUACUGUAGUUGGGCCUACCACUUUCUCUCAAGGCUACCAACCUGUCUGCACAAGAUGCCCAACCUGGCGAGACUUUUGAAAAGUGAAAUCCCUAGACUUGCCUCCACCCACCCACUGUCGGAGCGCUUAAGGAUGCAGUAGACUUCCUUCCACCAAAUCGGCAAGACCAACAGCAGACAACUUGGAAGCCUGAAAAGGAGCAACUACUAAAAGGGCGUUUAAAUUCAACUUUUGGUAUAAGUCAAAUGAUUUGUAUGACAACAUUCACUUAUUCUGGGGGUACAUCACAUUUAAUGCAGUUUCCAUUCAUUAUGAAAAUGGCUUUUUAGGCAGGCUUUGCAGUACAUCCUGAAUUAUUCGGCCCAUGGUUUCACUUGCCAUGAAGGAAUUGCAUUUGGAAUAUAACAAUUGAUUGCACUUUCGCCCCCAAUGCUUGAUAAAAAUUGUACACAACACAUUGAAGAACAUGGGCUUCAUUGUUGCGAGUUCACAUUGUUGCCCCAUGAGUGGGUGUCCCAGGCUGGUUGAGUCCAAUGGUGCUACACAACCAGCCAGCAAAAUCAACUUGCUCUGCCUCUGACUGUCUAAUGAAAGGAUGCACCUGGAAAGAGAAGAUGUAGAGGUAAAGACAGGCAUCCAAUGAAUUAAUGAUUAAGUGUGUUUACCAACCAUUAACUGUUUAAGGUCUGCCCUUUCAGCGGGGUUCUUUAUCAAGCUGCAAUAUGAAUGAAGCACAGGUGAAGUGGCAGGUUUUAAAAUGUUUGUGAUGUGAAUACAUUACCAUUUAUUGACAAAGUCCUGGAAUUCAGAACUGAAUAGUCCAGGCAGCUUAGGUGGUGACUGUGGACAGAACCAAUGGACAAGCCUAUUUAAUUAAAGCUGCCACAGUAGUGGGAUCCUGAUCUAUUAACAGGUGUUAAGUCUUACCUCAUUGACGAUGUAGUCGAGUAAUUCAAAGAUGGCCAUUGGAGGCCUGCUGUCUGAUCCAUAAGCUGAAAUGUUGAAACUUUGUAAUGAGCACAAUGGAUUGUGUAUAUUAAGGCUUGGGUCUUAAAACUCACAGCUGCUAGGCCGGCUGGGAUGCCAAGCCUUUGGUGCGGACUCUGCUUGGUUGCCUCCUCCAGUACCAAAAAUCAGUUCCAGCUCCUUUGGGUCAGGUGGAGGGAUAGGGAAACGCCCAAUGGCCAUUUCAACCAGGGACAGGCCCAUACUCCAAAUAUCAGACUGAACAGAGUAAUGGGUGCCCUGCAAGCGCUCCGGCUGCAUAAUGGGCCACAAUUGUCAUGUCACACACUUAAACACACUCAAAAAUAUACAUUCAAUACACCAUGCAACGCCACUGAUACAUUAGUGUAAUUAAUGCAACAAAAUGCACUUUGGAAGCUAGAAGCUAAAAUAGUAUGACUCGCUAUCCCAAAACAUUCAUUGUAUUAAUUCCAAAUUUAGUAAACUGCAAAGCUUACUAAGGAAACAGUAGGCCAAUUUCAAAGGUCCCUGCCUGACUUGACUUCCCAUGCAGAUGCGGACCCGGAAUUCCUGGCAGCACCCUGCUUUUGCAGUGUAGGCUGUUCAUAUUUACUUACAGACAUAUAGGAGCGCGUGCCCACAAAGGAGUUGGCCAUGGAGUCAAUGAGCUGUCCGCUAACGCCAAAGUCACACAGCUUGAUCUCCCCGCGUGAAUUGACCAGUACAUUAGAAGGCUUGACAUCUGAAAAGAGGGAGGGACUGUGAGCUGGGUGGUGGUGGAGCGAUGCCAUGUAAAUCUUAGACAGGGGUUUAAAAAGUGUGAGGUAGCCCUUCUCUACCAAGCGAUACAAGGCUGUAGGCGCAGUAGCUUGUGAGAAAAUGUUUUUCACACGUCAAAGCUAACUUCGCUCAUGUUGAAGGCAAUAUAAAUUUAGUCCCAUCAGAGUAAAUCAACUAUAAACAAAAUAUGAAGAUCUGUUUUUUGGUUACAAGGAGUGGUUUCACUUGGUUUAUCACCACACUUUGAAAGCCCCUGAUCUAAGCUUAAGAGUCAUAAGUAUUAGUAUCUACGUGAAAAUAGUUACUCAUUUAGAGGUAUUCUGCAAAGCAAGUUCAGUGGUUGUGUUGAGUGGAAAAUCCGACCUGCCUGUUGAGUGACAGUUGCUCACUUUUAAAGCAGCUAUAUUACCUUGGUAACUUUGGUUAAAAUCGUCUCAAAGUGCCGCUGAUUCACUGUUUAGCCAAUUCAGAGAGGCUCUCUGCAUUUAUUUAGAACCUACGGAGCCCCUGGGGCGCAAUGUUUUUUUUUUUUUUUUUAAGGACAUUCCCUGAUAUCCAUCUAUAGGGGCGGCCUUUUCAGCUGAGGGAAUAUGCGUGAUGUGUUCACAUGUACACCAGGAAUAAAACGCAAUCUGAGAUAUUUACACCAAUGUUUGCAGACAAAUGUCAUAGCAGUGCGUGUGAGUACUCAGCCCGUUAGUCCUGGUCUAUUACAAUAUUUUCUGGCUGAAUUAGUAAUCUGAAGCAUCAUUCAGGUGAGAGAAAAAAUUCCACUAAACACACAAACACUGCCAUCUAGUGGUCACAGCGAGAUACAGCAUUUGGAAACGACAUUUAAAAGAUACACUUGUGGCUCCCUUAAAAAAAAAACAAAAAAAAAAAAACAUGUAAAUGAAACUACAAGCUCCCAUUAUGACGGCGUGCACUGAGAACAAAGCAGAGAACCGGACAUGACAACAUUGGCUGAUGACCACCAUUGCAGUACUGUUUAGUUCGUUUGGUUUGGGGAAUUUAGGUUUUGUUGAGCUGCGUCUUGAGCACAAAGCAUGGCUCCAUUGAGCCACUUUUGCAGAAUACCCCCUUAAGUACUGACUUGACCUCUGUGCAUGAUCUUGUGUUUCUCCCUCAGGUAGGCGAGACCUUUAAUGACCUGCAAAAAAUAUGAGAAGAAAUCUUUAGCAGUUAGUUUUGGCUUGCAUUUCUCAUUUUAUAGUAUUAAUAAAAGUAAAACCAAUGGGGAUACAUUUCAGCAUCACUUCUACUUGAUUUUUGCUUGUUUGUCAAAGCAUUAAUGCAAGGGGCCGUACACAAAACAUGGAAAGUUUCAACCAAAUGCAAAUCAAGAUAUGCUAAGCAUUUAAAUGUAAAAGGAAAAACGGCUCCUAUCUGAGCUUUGUUCAAGUCAUAAAAGCAAAUACAGACCUGAUCAAAAUAGUCAGACCAGUCGAAAAAUAGCUAGUCUGUCUUACUUUACUUUUUGCAAAUUUGGAUCAUGGUGAGGUUUUAAGGGGAGUGUAACAAAAAGCACUUUGAAAAAGUGCCAUUUGACGACCCUGCACCACCGGAGGUGGGAUCUUGUCAUGCCAGUAACAUUGGAACCAUCUGGAUCAUCAAGGUUGCAUUUUUUUUCUCUUCUGAGAACACAACUUUUUUUCCACCUUUCAAUGCCUAUGUUUGAUGCUCCCUGGCAAAGUCUCAACGGGCAGUUUUGUGGUGUUGAAACCCUUUUCCCGCAGAUAACGUCUGCACCAAUAAGGGCAGCCAAUUCUAAAUUCUAACUAUUUUUCAACUCGUCUGAAGAUUCUGAUCAGGGCUGUACCAGUAGUUCAGGGGAUUCUCACUGGACAGAGCAACAACACUGGAUUGUUUUUACCCAGAUGUCCAGGGGAUACAAUGUUGUCAUGCAUUUUUAUUUUUCUGAUGUAUUUUUAGCCAUGUGUCUUUCAGUCUUUACCAUAUCAAUCCCUAGAGAUGUUAAUUUAUGCUUCCAUGAGUAAAUCCAUCCAAGAAGCUCCUGUGCAGUACAGUACAUACCGCAAUGCUGAUUUUCCCCAGGAUUUGCUCUGGGAUCCUUCCAGCCUUUUUAAGCGACUGAUCCAAAGAUCCACCAUCCUAAAAGCCGAAAUGAAGGAUGCUGAUUUCUCCAUCACUGUAGAAAGCUCCAUAGAAGCCCACAAUGUAUGGAGAGUUGCAUUCAUGCAGCACCUGAAGCUCCCUAAUGAUCUGGUUCCUGAUGGCAGGUUUGAUCUCCAAGUGGAUGAGCUGGAAAACGAGAGACAAUACAACUACUAUAACAUCCUUCCUUAUGUGUGUGGCCCACAAGGGGACUGCUUUACCUUCCUGGCCAUAAUCAGACCAGAAGGUCUGUGAGACACCUUAAAGACAACUCCUCCAUUGCCUGCACCCAGCUCACAUAUUUUCUCAAAGUCGUCGUCCUUCAGCUCUCCCACUUUCUGUUUCUGUGUGAGAAAAGCUUCCAGGCGCUUGCGCUGCUGCUCGUCCAAUUCCAGCUCCUCAAGCUUCUUCUGCAGGGCCUCCAAGUUUGUUCUUCAAAAGAAAUACACAAACCGAUGUCACGAAAAUGAAGCCACACAAUCUUUGGUGUAUCUGCUGCUUUAGUAGCCUUCGGAGAGCAAUGACAAGCAACCAAAUGGACAGAAAGCAGCAGCCUUGCAUCAUAACCAUGGAGACAGCUUACUGAGUUUAAGUUGGCCCGUGGGCGCGCGUGAGCGUUCUGUGGACAAAAGCUGAAGGUGGAGGAGGACACUGGAGAUGCUGCCAGAAAUGCGCUCUUCACACAAUAUGUGGGAGGGACAAAGAGCAGCCACACGCUUGCAGCAGAGGAGGGAAGUGUGCACGAUGCAGGCCUCUUGAACUCCACCAUCCACACAAUGUCCAAGGACAUCUGGUUCACAUCAACCACACGAUGAUGGUGAGCCAAUGAUGACACCACAACUGAUGACACCAACUCUCUUGCCCAAGGACACUUGGACUGAACAGAAAGAAGGCAACAGCUGCAACCUCCAAGUCGAGCCACAGUAUCCACCAAAACAGUGAGUUUGCAAAAUACACUCCACAAGAAAUAGUAAUAGACACCCAUGGAUGGAUAGAGUCACAGAGGCCUGUUUUAUUAUGCUCAGCUGCUUAUUAGGAGAUACUGUACGUGCAGUGACUAUGGUGGUCUUGCAAGAACUGGAAUGUGCUCAGGAAUUGUUCAGAAAUCCUCAUGCAUUGCUAAAUGGUGACAUCUCAUGCGGGUUGCUCCCUAUUUGUGAAUAGCUGGACAUUAUAUUAUGUAUGGUGUGCAUGGUGUGACGAAAAUAGGCUUGUUGGAUUAUCGCAGUGACGUUACAAGUUCAUUUAUGUCAGUACAGACAGAAGUCACACUCCUCAAAAUAUGGCCGAUGCCAGAAAGCACUGUUCUGCAAUCACAUAGAAACCCCACUACAACAGUAUUGCCAUCGAUAAUGUGCACCCGUUUAUUGUCUCCAGUCUAUGCCCGUCCAUACCUUAGCACCGUGAGCCCUUACGACAUUAGCAAAGCAGAUUAAACUUCAAAGCAUAUCAGCAUCAAAGGUGCACACACUGUUGUGCGGUGCAGAUGAGGCUCCGGCAGAUGUACGUUACAAUGUAAUCAUGCAUUUUAUUCGCCAUAUAUAUGGGCAGACAAACCUGGAUUUAAGUCAGUAAAUAGGUAAGCGCCUAUUGGAUAAUUGCAAGUGUGAUUAUGAAAGUUCAGAACAUUAUUUAGCCGCAGUGAGUAGCUUUUCAUUUGGUAAACAACCAGGUUGAAAGUGGCAUGGAGCAAGUAUGAGAAAACAUCUUUGUAUACCAUCGCCAAAGCUAGUAAAUGCUGUCCAAACAGAUUACAGUGGAAACACGGUUCUCAAACGCCCCAGUUUUUUAUCAAUUCUGAUGACUUUGGACUCAGCGACUUGCAUCUCAACUUGGGUUUGACAUCAAUGUGCUGGGAUUUAACUCUGACUUUAGUCAGAUGACUUGUAAAGAUUUUCAGUGAGUUGCGUAAUUGAGUAAUUAGUUAUAUCAUUUUCAUCAAGAUAUCAAAUUUCCCCACAAAAUUAACAUGGAGAGUGGGAGAAAAUUAUUCACAUGCAUAUGCACCCCCUCACAACGUUAAUUAGGUAAAAUGAAUAGUGGUUAGCACGCAGGCCACACAGCUAGGAGACCCGGGUUCGAUUCUGUGUGGAGUUUGCAUGUUCUUCGGUUUCCUCCCACAUUCCAAAAACAUGCUAGCUUAAUUGCCGACUCCAAAUUGUCCAUAGGUAUGAAUGUGAGUGUGAAUGGUUGUUUGUCUAUAUGUGCCCUGCGAUUGGCUGGCGACCAGUCCAGGGUGUACCCCGCCUCUCGCCCGAAGAUAGCUGGGAUAGGCUCCCGUAUGCCCACAACCCUCAUGAGGAUAAGUCUUAACGUCUUCAAAAGUUAAUCUAUUGUUGUACUGGUUUUCACUGACGAGAUCCUGAAUGGUAAGCUGGCACUCUUUUUAUGAGUUUUCUGGUUUAAUUUACAGUAUUUAAAAAUGCAUUCAUUGUAUUUGUCAAAUUUAUGAAAUUGUUACAUCCUUAAAAAACAGUCCUUAUGACUUGUAAGGGCAAGUCGAUGACUUGACUUGACCUGACUUGUCUUUUGACUUGACACUUACACUGACUUUCUCCCAUCUCUCGUCUUUGUUACAAAAUGCCUGCUGUUAGCCUGCUCUCAACUCUCAUUGUAUCCUAGCUCUGUUACCACUCCAUGACAUCAUCACCGGUUGACUCUGAUUGAGUACUGCUCCAGUAAGUAAGUUGCAAGUACAAGCACUUCCAUGUGGUUCUCUCCUCCCCUCCACCCUCUCCAAUCCUCACUGGUCCUUGCGAACAAGAGAAAAGGUAAAGUGAUGUUAAAUGUUCUUUUCAUCCCUUUCAUUUGUAAUUCAUAUGCAUUCUGCAUUGUUUUGUACACGUACAACUAGAAUUAAAACUGUUUUAAAAGUAACUUUAUUCAAAGUAUUUUGUGUUGUUUUUAGGUGUGUUGACCAGAUUAAUAGGAUUUAGGUUUUAAUUUUCAUUUUUCAGAUAAAUAACAAAAAUGUAGGUACUAUUUUCUGAGAAUGUGACAGUGAAUCUCAAAGCUAUAAUUGUAAAGCCAGCUGGAGAGCUACUGUAUGUGUGUUUUCUUAGCAUUUUCUAACCAGAAAUAUUGAAUUUAUAAUUUUGUUAUUUUAAAUUACCCUUCAUCAAAUUUCCUUAUUAUUCCAGCAGUCCAGUCGCCACAUUUCUUUUGUAGAGUUUUUGUUUGUUUUUCCCUCAACCAGGUCUUUAUACAUGAGUAACCACCACCCUGUUAAUGAACUGGCAAAAACAAAACAAAACAAAACCAUCACUCUAUGUUUUCUCCUCAAAUGUAGCCCUGUUGUUGCAAAUUAGGAACACAUCCAAAUAAGCAAGUUCAGGUAUGAAGACACUUGCCCAUGAAUAUAGUGCAAGUUAUUUGCAGUCAUUGUAGGAUGUUUUGCAACUUACUUAACAGCGGGGAAACAAGACAGAGACCUGGGUCUGUGUUUUGUUGGGAAGUAACAGUCUGUGAACAUUGUAUAAAAACACACGUUGUGACACUGCUAAGGGGCUGCUGCUUUAAUGAGGCUGCAAGAACAGAGGGAAUGGAAAAAUAGAAAUAUUUUGGGGGCAAUGUAGAUUCAGCUAUGUGAAUAAAGGCAUUAAAAAACAAUUCAGGGCUGUUGCUCUGCAGUAUAAACAUACAACACCAUAUACGGUGAGACAGUAAAUUACAUGUAAACUACAUUGAUGGCGCCCCCUGUGGGUUGUGCUCAAAAUGCUUUGGAAGACCUGCUAGUGUACCUGUCAUACUGAUAUCCUCAAAGUCGAUGUUCUUGAAGUCCGCAGAGUUCAUGGGACACUUGUUACUGCAACGGAGAUGAAAAUACAAAGUUUAAAACCCACAAGACGGUUCAACGGUGGAAAAGCUUACCAAUCAAGGUAAGUCAUUCUACAUUUCUCUUGCUAAUAUUCUCCAUAGUAGCCAGCCUAGUGCUCAUGGAAGCUAAUACUAUGUGGAUUCCUGUUCUGACGGUACAGUAUCUGUUUUGCAAUAAUCUAAAGCGUCGUCUUUGAUUCCGGUAUCAGUUGCAGUACUUCUGUACUUUUGAAGAGAGCUAGUCUUGUAAUCUUAGAAUAAUAGUAUUGGGUCUCAUUUCAAGGCUAUCAGUGUCACCCACUGACUGGCAAAAAACAUUCUUCUGAUCAUUUUUAAAAAUCAUAGUUAUCAAAAUACAAUACCAGUGAAUGUUAUUGUUGGGAAUAUGUCACUUGUCUUUGCUGUGAGUUUAUGGUUGCAUGUUUUUGAAUUUGGUUCCCCCAAAGUUCUGGUUGCAACGUCACAGCCAAGAUGGGGUCAGUUCAGAAAACUAACUGGGGGCAUAUCAAACUUACCACUUCACAGCAUUAUAACACAAAUGUUUUAUUAAGGGAGUACUUUAAUUUUGUUGUUUUGGUGUAAUAUAAACACUUUGAGGUGUGGACCAAAUUUUGUGGCAAUUUGGCCAAACGCCCUAAAGUAACAAGCCAUUUUUGGCAGAGCAUGUUGAGCUGGGUGAGAAGUCCAUCAGACUUAUGUGAACAAACAGCAACAUGUGGUGUAGUUUUCAUAAAUAUAAUAGCACAGGAAAGUAGGAGUGCAUGUUUUGACAAGGUAGAAGACUUACACAAACAAAUCCAUGCGGUCAUACUCAAAAUACUCAUUCAUGACUGUAUAUAGACAUUGUCCAAGCUUUAAACAUUCACCAGGAACAGAACAUGUCACCUCCUCCGUGAAUCACCACCUUAUCGUGGUUGAGGGCUUUGAGUGCCCGAGUGAUCCGAGGAGCUAUGUUGUCUGGGGCUAUGUGCCCCUGGUAGGGUCUCCCAAGGCAAACAGGUCCGAGGUGACGGGACAGACCAAGAGUGAUUCAGAAGACCCUUAUGAACAAAACCAAGAAGAGGAACCGUACCUCGCCCAGAUGUGGGAUACCGGGGCCUCACCCUGGAGCCAGGCCCAGGGGAGGAGCUCACCUGUGAGGCCCGGCCGGGCGCAGCUCGAAAAAGCCACACGUAGACCCACCAACUACAGGGGCAAGCAUAAGAGUCCGGUGCAUUGUUGGGUGGCGGUCAAGGGCUGGUGCCUGGGCGACCUCGUCUUCUGCAGCCAAAUCUCGUUCCCGGCCGGGAAAAAGCCCUGGGGCAGACCUAGGACAUGCUGGAGGGAUUAUGUCUCACAGCUGGCCUGGGAACGCCUUGGUGUCCUCCCGGUGGUGCUGGAGGAGGUGGCCGGGGACCGGGAAGUCUGGGCUUCCCUACUGAGAUGCUGCCCCCGGAUAAGCGGAGGAAAAUGGAUGGAGAACGUGUCACACAGUGCAGAUCAGCUGCGGAGGCGAGAGGAGGGAGGCGAGCGGUUCAGUAUCCAGUGACCGGGGUCUGCUUCAACUCCAUCCGAGCACCCGAUUGAACCAUGUUGAGCUUUCACUUGACUAUGGAAGACUGUGACACAUCUUGGAGGCGGACAUAUCUGUUUGUGGAAGGAGACAACUUUGCAUUUGAGGUGGCAUCAUUUAAAGAUCUGUGACCUGUCAUCACUUCUCCCAGAGUGUGUACAUCUGAACACAAAAAGGCUGCGCAGCAUCCACACAAGUACCCAAGCUCUACUGUUAGAUUGAGUCAUGGGGUCACUUGUUGCUGUGCCAGCCCUGCUCCUUGUUUUGGGCUUGAUCGCUCGUGUGUGGACUCUCAACCCCGAUGACCCCAACGUCUGCAGCCACUGGGAAAGCUAUGCCGUCACCGUUCAGGAGUCUUACGCUCACCCGUUUGACCAGAUCUACUACACCAGGUGCACAGAUAUCCUUAACUGGUUCAAGUGCACAAGGCACAGGAUCAGCUAUAAGACGGCCUACCGGCGGGGAGUGAGGACCAUGUAUAGGCGCCGCUCACAGUGUUGCCCUGGUUACUUUGAGAGUGGAGACCUAUGUGUUCCUCUAUGCACAGAAGAGUGCGUCCAUGGCCGGUGUGUGUCUCCAGAUACCUGCCAGUGCGAGCCCGGCUGGGGCGGACUGGACUGCUCCAGUGCAAACACAGCCAACGGAACAGGCUGUGAGAGCGACUACUGGGGACCACAUUGCAGCAAUCGGUGCCAGUGUCAAAAUGAAGCUAAGUGCAAUCCCAUCACAGGAGCCUGUGUCUGCACCGACGGCUACCAAGGGUGGCGCUGCGAGGAGUCCUGUGAACCUGGUUACUAUGGUAAGGCAUGCCAACUACCGUGCCAGUGUCUCAAUGGAGCCACCUGCGACCAUGAAACCGGAGAGUGCAUCUGUGCCCCGGGCUACACGGGUGCCUUCUGUGGAGAGCGGUGCCCCUAUGGCAGUCAUGGUCCGCAGUGUGAGCAAGGCUGCCCCUGUCAGAAUGGAGGUUCGUGCCACCACAUCACUGGGGAUUGUUCCUGCCCAGCAGGGUGGAUGGGUUCUGUUUGUGCCCAACCGUGUCCUCUUGGCAAGUAUGGCAUCAACUGCAGCAAGGACUGUUCCUGCCGCAAUGGCGGCCUGUGUGAUUACAUCACAGGCCAGUGCCGUUGUGCAGAUGGCUUCAGUGGGCGCAGGUGUCAAGAAGACUGUCCUGUGGGCACCUACGGCCCACAGUGUAACCAAAAGUGCGAGUGCCACAAUGGAGCCAAGUGUCACCACAUCAAUGGAGCCUGCCUGUGUGAAACUGGCUUUAAAGGCCCCAAUUGCCAAGAGAGGUUCUGCCCCCCAGGCCUUUACGGCCUCAUCUGUGACAAGUACUGUCCUUGUAAUGCCACCAACACUGUGAGCUGCCAUCCACUUUCUGGAGAGUGCACCUGUGCGGCAGGAUGGACGGGACUUUACUGUAAUGAGACCUGCCCGCCUGGCUUCUUUGGGGAGGGAUGCAUGCUGCCGUGUAGCUGCUCCAAUGGAGCUGACUGCCACCCUGUCACGGGGGCCUGCAUGUGUGCCCCUGGCUUUAUGGGUGAAGACUGUGCCACAGAGUGUCCUCCUGGUUUGUAUGGACCAAGCUGCAUGUCCACCUGCUCCUGCCACAAUCACGCCUCCUGCUCACCUGUCGAUGGAUCCUGCAUCUGCAAGGAAGGCUGGCAGGGGGUGGACUGUUCCAUCCUGUGCUCCAGUGGUUUUUGGGGUCUGGGCUGUAAUCAGUCAUGCUUGUGUGACAACGGAGCUGCCUGUGACCCCGUUGAUGGCACCUGUACUUGUUCUCCUGGCUGGAGGGGAGAGCACUGCGAUGAGCCCUGCCCUGAUGGCACUUUUGGGCUGGAGUGCCGGGAGCGCUGUGACUGCAGUCAUGCUGAUAGCUGUGAUCCAGUGAGUGGAUACUGCCACUGCCACCCAGGCUGGACAGGAAUCCACUGUGAUAACGUGUGCCCGCAAGGCUUCUGGGGAAACAACUGUUCGCUCAGCUGCCCAUGUCAGAACGGAGGCUCCUGCUCACCUGAAGACGGAACAUGUGUGUGCGCGCCUGGAUACAGAGGGACCUCCUGCAAACGAAUGUGCUCUCCGGGCUUCUACGGGCACCGCUGCAGUCAAUCAUGUCCGCGGUGUGUGCACAGCAUGGGACCGUGUCAUCACGUAACGGGCCACUGCGAGUGUCUGUCUGGUUUCUCGGGCCCCUUGUGCAACCAAGUGUGUCCCAGCGGCAGGUAUGGAAGGGCUUGUGCCGAAAUCUGCCGCUGCACCAACAACGGCACUUGUAACCCCAUUGAUGGAUCCUGCCAGUGCUUCCCUGGAUGGAUCGGGCAGGACUGCUCUCAGGUCUGUCCCUCCGACCACUGGGGCCCAGAUUGUCUCAACUCAUGCAACUGUCACAAUGGAGCUCAGUGCAGUGCCUAUGAUGGAGAGUGUCGAUGCAGCCCUGGCUGGACUGGAAUCUACUGCACUCAGCGCUGCCCCUCCGGUUUCUACGGCAGGGAUUGCUCCGAAGUGUGCCGCUGCCAGAACGGCGGUGAGUGCGACCACAUCACUGGCUUGUGUGCGUGUCGAACAGGCUUCAUCGGGACGAACUGCGAGCAGAAGUGUCCUGCUGGUACAUUUGGAUAUGGCUGUCAGCAGCUGUGUGAGUGCCUGAACAAUGCUACCUGUGACUAUGUGACCGGAACAUGCUACUGCAGCCUGGGAUAUAAAGGCAUCCGUUGUGAUCAAGCAUCUCUCAUGAUGGAGGAACUGAACCCCUACACUAAGAUUAGCCCAGCCCGAGGGUCAGAGAGACAGUCCGCAGGCGCCGUCAUGGGCAUCAUCUUCCUCCUCCUCAUCAUCAUGGCCAUGCUCAGCCUGUUUGUGUGGUACAGACAGAGGCAGAGGGAGAAGGGACACGAGAUCCAGCCAAGUGUGUCGUACACACAAGCAAUGCAGAUGACCAACACUGACUAUUCUCUCUCCGAGUGUGGCAGCACUGUGGCCAUAAAGACCAGUUCCGCUGAGAUCAACCAGAACCCGAACAACAGCAGCAGCAGCAGCAGCCAGUGCUUUUCCAACCCCAGCUACCACACUGUGGCCCAGUGCAAUGUCGUAUCAACCAUCUCUAGCAACCUGGAUGCCACAUUGACUCUCAAAUCAAGCACCCUGAAAAGCCGCAAUGGUUCCGACUGGAGAGCCUUCUGCAACCUCAAUGAUCUUGAUGUUCAACAGGGGGAGACACAGGUUUCAAGAGGUUCCAGAAAAGAUUACAUCAAGGGAUCCAUGUGCAACAACAGCUCCUGUUCCCUGAACACUGAGAACCCCUAUGCCACCAUCAGGGACCCCCCGGGGUUGGCGUGCAAGCACACAGAGAGCAGCUACGUAGAAAUGAAGUCCCCCUCUCACCGUGAAGUGCCUUUCGGAGGCACCGCCACCCUCCUGGGCGGCGCUACCAGGAACGUCUAUGAUGUUGCCGUCGCAGAGCCCAUGGUGAGUGUUUUGCAGGGGCCCAAUGGAAUGGCCACCGGUUUUUCCCAGAACCCCUAUGACCUUCCCCGUAGUACCCCUCACAUGUCGAGCCACUAUGAGAUCCUGCCAAUGCGCCACAGCCCCACACAUACUCCCCCUCCGCCACACCCGGAGAGCCCCAGCUCCCUGCUCUAGAGGACCCACCUUACACCCUACAAGCAAACUCCAUGCAGCAUCAUACCCUUUGUCUCCAUGUGCUCAACAAGGAACUGACAUAUUGAGAUGGAGGGACAGCCGUACCUCCUUGGGACCCUCAUUUCUUUUGGUGGAAAAAGCAAAGGAGGAAAAGUCCACACACCAGCAAUCAUUCACUUUUAUUUUGUCAGAUCCUUCAAACUGCAUCCAGAUAAUUAUGGGCGCUCUAUGGAAUAGAACACAUUGGCUCCAGACGAAGCUAAAGCUGUCAUGCUGGGAUUGGAUGGACAGUCAUUUACAGGGACAGAGCUGUCCUUCAUUCAAUUUAUGAAGGACAAACUGUGGUUUAUGUGAGUAAUGGUUAUGCCCCAGUAAGGAGUGUAUAGCUGUAAAGAUUUAUGAUGUACAGGCAUCACAGAUCAUAUGAAAUGUCAAACACGGAUGAUGAAUAUGAGCUCACCUUCUCAGACACGAGUCAGUUUCAGUUCAACUAGGAAGACAAGUCCUAAUUGGUACAAAGCAUGGAGACAUCCAAAGAUAAUGCCACUGUCCUUGUAAUGAGCAGGCGGUGAUGUGAUGGCUGUGUCAAACCUGAAGAGCUUCAAAAAACAUCUCAAAUUUGGGAUUAGUUCCUUGCUAAUGAACACUCUGGAUUUUGUGUUGUUUUCUAUGUGGAAGAAGUUCUCUUGCAAAUGUCUUACUUGAACGUUUCUUGUACACAAGAAGGGAUUGUUUUGACUUUUAUGUUUGCUAUUUAUACGGAUAAUUUAUUGUCGGUUCAUUUAUUAGUGAUGGUGAAUUUCAUCUGUGUGACAUUAGAUUUAAAAAAAAAAAAAAAGAUUAAACAUGAGCAUGAACACUGAUGUAUAUAGCACCAACACAUCAAAUUUAUCUACUUGUGAGAUGUAAUUUUGUGAAGCGUUUUAAAUUAAAUUCUCUAUCUUUCUCUCUCUCUCCUGUUGUGUGAGAUUGUAAAUUAGAUCAAAUAUUUGAUCCGACCUAUUCAACACCCACAAAUGCCCUGUGAAGUUGUUCUGCGUGGGGAGGAAAGACCUCCAUUAGGAAAAAAAAAACAUCACUUUGCAUUAAACAAUCGUGAUUUGUUAUGAGUUAGAAUGAUUCAUGGACUGUGUGAACUCCAUUACGGCCUAUAAAAGCAAUAACACGAUGACAAUCAUUGCCCAGGCUGCAUUUUCAGUCCAAUGUGACACUCAUAUUUAUUUUAUCCUCACUUGUUGUCGUAUCAAUGCUGCUUGUGUUUUUUUGGUGAGUACAUUCACAUUAAAAGCCUUUUUUGACAUCACAACCUUGUUUCA